UGUACACGUGAGAUGUGGAUGAACCAGAAGGUGAGCGAGGAGAGGAGAGAAGAGGAGAAGAGAGGAGAGGAGAGGAGAGGAGAGGAGAGAAGAGGAGAGGAUGGUUCGUGUUUGUGCUUUUCCCGGCUGCAAUAAGAAAAUGAAACACUACAAUCCGGAAAGUUUCCACAGACUUCCUCUGCGGCACAACGAUACGUUGAAGCAGUGGCUGGUCGUAUUAAACGUCGAUGUCAAAACACCGGUAAAAACACUGCGGGAGAGGGACUACCGCGUCUGCAGUAACCAUUUCGACAAGGACGACUUCACCGUACCCAGAAAUGCCGCCAACCCUCCCAGAAAAAAUCACCUCAAGAAAAGUGCUGUACCGAGAGUGGAGAGACCCGCUGUGGAUAAUCUGGAUGAGCUGCAAGACACCUGGGCAGUAGUGAACACACCACCAGGCCAGGUCAGAUUUACAGGUACUCAAGUGCCUGAGACACGCACUGCAACCAUGGAGAAACCAACUCUGCAGCAUAUUGUUGAUGAGGAGGCCAUCCUGCAGCUGAUGAAGAACUGCCCAAUGUGCAACAGAAAGUGCCGCUGUAUCAAACGCACUCAAGGUCCUUACUUCAUAGUCUACCAGAGCUGUUACUUCUGCCAUUAUCAACGCAAGUGGGCCAACCAGCCUGAAGCUAGAAAUAUGAACAUUCAUAAGGCGCACACACAGCCUAAGAGGAAGCUUCAGCCAAAGGACAAAGUGUGUGGAAACGCCAAGCCUCAGUCAUCACAGCUUAAGGAGACAAGCAUUUCAACUCUGUCUUAGAUAUGACUGCAUUCGUCACCAAAUCAGAUCCAUGUCAGUCAGUGUCAGAUGUGCCUUAAGGUAGAUAUUACUCUGCAGAUGCUUGAUGAUGACAAACAAUUCUGUAAAGUUUCCGCUUUAGUGUCAGCCCACAGAAGAUACAAUUAGAGUAAGGCAAUAAAAGAGGAGACAACUAUA